AUGGCUACUCAGCUCGUGCCGCUCCCAGAGGUCGAACGAUUAAGUACUACAGUUAUCAGAAUUCUAGCUGGAAACCCUGGCAAAUUUACAUUACAAGGAACAAACACAUAUCUAGUCGGCCGUGGUCCUCGACGUCUUUUGAUCGACACUGGAGAAGGUCGCCCCCGCUGGGCCACACUGCUCCAGUCAGUCCUCAAAGAAGAGAACGCCGUUGUCCACGAGGCAUUGCUGACACACUGGCAUCCCGACCAUAUCAAUGGCGUGCCGGAUCUACUAAAAAUCUGCCCCCAGGCUACAGUCUACAAACAUCAACCGAAAGACGGACAGGCCGAUAUUGAAGAUGGACAGAUUUUUCGAGCUGAUGGCGCGACGCUACAGGCAUUUCAUACACCGGGGCAUACGGUCGAUCAUAUGAGUUUUAUAUUACAGGAGGAGGAUGCUAUAUUUACCGGCGACAAUGUUCUGGGCCAUGGAACAGCCGUCUUCGAAGACCUCAGCACCUAUCUCAGUAGCCUCAAGAAAAUGAAAGACUCAGUCCGGGGUCGCGCCUACCCGGGCCACGGCGCCAUAAUCAACGAAGCCAGCGCAAAGAUAGGCGAUUACAUCAACCACCGCCAACAGCGCGAAAAUGAGGUUUUGCGAGUGCUCAAAUUCGGCAAGCUGGAUGUAGCAGCUGCUGAAUCUUCGCCGGAGAGAGUGUCGAGCUGGACGCCGAUACAGUUGGUGAAAGUGAUCUAUAAGGAUGUGCCUGAGAGUCUGCAUUUACCGGCGUCGCAUGGCGUCAUUCAGGUACUGAAUAAAUUAGAAGCGGAGGGCAAGGUUGAGCACGAUGGAGAUACUGGAGAGUGGCAGCUUACUGCACAGAGACCUGCUUUGUGA